UUUUUUUCGAAAAAAUUUCAUUUGGUGAACGAGAUAAUUAUUCUUCGUAUACUUGAUAAAAUAAUUCACUGACCGAAACAAUUUUUAACGUACCAACCGUCAAGUGUAAAAAAUACAUAAUAUAUUUGAAGCGAAAAAAGAAAAAAAAUAUUUGAAAACGAAACAACGAUAAAAAAAAUAAUUGAACCCAUUAACAAGGGCGUGAAUUUUGGAUACUCCUUGAAGUAAAGAAACUGUGAGUCAGGAAGUUUGAAAGGCUCCGGAAACCCGAGAGAAAAGACGCAACUUGAAAAGCCCGUAUAUAUUUUUCCGAUAAGAGGGUAAAUACCAGACAGAAACAAAAUGGCAUACCGGGGACGGAAGGUAGGAAAGUUUUGAAACAUCGAGCAGCGCUGCGGGGAGUUGGAUGUGCGAAUAUAUCGCGUACAGUGGCGGGGUGCAGGAGCGGAGCGAAUCUGCGGCGGCAGCAAGGGAUGAGAGAUGGGCAAUUGGUGAAUUGCGAACGAAUUCGACCAACAGGUGCGCGAGCGAAAAACGACGACGAUAGUGCGGGGUUAGAAAUUGCGGGAGUAAUGGUUGAUUAGACAAGGCGGGCGGUUAUGACGAUCGCUGAUUAGCCGAGUGCUGCUGCAGGGGGUGAAGGUGAACGAAUAGUGAUGGGUGCGGGUGGUGGUUGAGUGACGUAGGGUCGGUGUUGAACGGGGCUCGACGAGAAUAACGAGAAUAGAUUGAAGCAAAUGAGUGAAGAGAAAAUUUGAAAAUUAAAAAAAUAAAUAAAUAAAUAAAACAACAACAAGGAUACGAAAAUUAGGAGCAGCUUAUAACAAAGGAGGGAAAAUGUGGUGGUGCGUAAUUGGUACGACGAUUAUCCUGGUGUUAAGAUCUACCGAGGUUUACCCCCAGCUUGAUGAUAUAUUGUCGGAUCUGGAUAAGCCGAUACCGGUGAUCGACGUGGUUGGUGUCGCGGGUGACAAGGUGCAGUUACCGUGCGACGUGCAGCCGACAGAUCCGGACGACGCAAUAUUCAUGGUGUUGUGGUUCAAGGGGGACGGAAUGGAGCCGAUAUACAGCUUCGAUGUGCGGGAUCGCCAGUUUUAUUCCCCAUCGUUGUGGUCUUCGCCGACCGCUUUGGGACCCAGGGCCUUUUUUGUCACCGCUUCUAAUCCGGCUCACCUCAGCAUCGACAGGCUCGAAGUUAAAGACGAAGGAAUCUACCGGUGCAGAGUCGACUUCAAAAAUUCACCGACCAGAAACCAAAAAAUGAAUUUAACCGUGAUUGUCGCGCCGGAGAGGCCAAUCAUACUCGAUGGAACAACGAGGGAUAUAUCGAGGAUCGAGGAGCCGUACAACGAGGGCGACGACGUGAACCUCAUCUGCGAAACGAGGGGCGGCAAACCCCCGCCAAGGCUGACUUGGUUCCUCGAAAACACGGUGAUAGAUGAGUCCUACCACUACAAAACCGACACCGGGGUUACCGUCAACCACUUGUCAUACCCCAAAGUUGGCAGGCAGCACCUCAAGGCGCGGCUCAUUUGCCAGGCGAGCAACACAAACCUCGUUCAGCCCCAGUCGAAGCUUCUGAUACUCAACGUCAACCUCAAACCAUUGGUAGUUCAGAUACUGACUAAGGAGCCGCGCUUAUCGGCGGACAAGAAGUACGACGUCGAGUGCAGAAGCACUGGAUCCAGACCGAUGGCUGUGAUCACGUGGUGGAUCGCAAACAGGCAGAUAAAGAAGGCGAAAAAUUAUUCGACGGAGAAUAACCAGAGUCUGAGCAUACUGAGUUUCGUUCCGACGAUCGACGACGACGGUAAAUACCUGACAUGUCGAGCGGAGAAUCCGGUGAUACCGGAUAGCGUGAAGGAGGACAAAUGGCGCCUCGAUGUUCAGUAUCAACCCGUAGUAACUCUGCGCAUGGGAUCAACUCUGAAUCCUGACGACAUCAAGGAGGGUGCCGACGUCUACUUCGAGUGCAAGGUCAGGGCGAAUCCGAAGGAGUACAAGCUCGCCUGGUUCAAGGACGGUAAGGAGCUGAAGAACAACGCGACGGCCGGCGUAGUUCUUAGCGACUACUCUCUGGUGCUUCAAGGGCUUACACGGAGUUCCGCAGGCGAGUACACCUGCCUGGCAGCGAACAGCGAGGGAAAGACUGCGAGCAACUCUGUACCUCUUCAGAUAAUGUUUGCCCCCGUAUGCAAAGAAGGUAAGGCCGAAAACGUCGUGGGUGCUUUGAAGCAGGAGACAGUAUCGCUGGUCUGCAACGUCGAGAGUCGACCGCCACCGUUGACCUUCCACUGGACUUUCAAUAACUCUGGCGAACUCGUCGAGGUUGCUCAGCCCAAACACGUCAACGUCCAAUCUCCGGGGACUCCAUCGAUAGCUGAGAGCCUCAGGGAGUAUCAACGCUUUCACGGACCCCGUCUUAACUACACUCCGUCAACUGAACUCGACUAUGGGAUGCUCGCUUGCUGGGCUAGCAAUCAGGUCGGAAAGCAGCGCACUCCCUGCCGGUUUCAGGUGAUAGCAGCAGGGCGGCCGUAUCCUUUGCACAAUUGCACGGCCAACGAAUUAUCAGCGCAUCUAGAGUUUGAGGAUCUGGGACCAAAGUCGGGUUCCGGUCUGGCAGUUAAGUGUACCGAAGGUUACGACGGAGGUCUUCCCAUCCAGGCGUACCAAAUCGACGUUGUCGGAGAAGAAGACGACGCGUGGAUAGUGAGGAACAAAACCGUGCCUGCUGGGCCCCACGGGCCCAUUUUCGAGGUCGCGGGACUCACCGCUGGGCGAAGCUAUCGCAUCUUUCUCUACGCGGUCAACGCCAAGGGCAGAAGCGAGGCCACGAUUUUGGAACCCGUUACAUUGAAGGGGGUCGCCAUGUACACCACUGGGAACGCGGACGCCUCGAUCCUGAGUCCGGUCCUCCUUGGCUUGGCGGCGACGGCGACGCUCCUCGCCCUGGCGGUGGCGGGGGUCCUGGCAGCUCUCUACCGGAAGCACACAACCGGAAGGGGCGGAGGGCAGAGUCCGAAGCAUGCCCCGAUCGCCAGGGAGCCGACCCAGGCCGGGGUCACGACUCCGAUGCACCCCGGAAGCAAGCAGACGCCGGACGACAUGGACCCCGACAUCAUCCCCAACGAGUACGAGAGGAGACCCUUGACGUAUACGCCUAUCUACAAAACUCCACCGCAGCGUAGAAGAAAGGAUUUACGUUUGGGCGACGUUCUGCCGGAUGAAAAACCUACCGUACAACGGAAGGUGGACCUUCAGCCUGAUCCACGACUCGCCGAGAUUGAUUCGAAUUUUCUUCAGAAUCAUCAUCACACUCUUCAUCAUCAGAACACUUACACCCAGCCACCGACGAUGGCUGACUUCAAACAGAUGGCGAUGGACGCCUACAAUCAGCGAAACAAUCAAAACGUAUACUACAGCCUGCAGAGAUCAAACAAGGGUGUUGCGGGGCUUCCCCAACGGCCGGUGUCGUCCUCGAUAUCCGCCCACGCGAAAUUUCAUCAACCGGAAGUGGUUACCAGAUCGAAUAGAAUACAGGAAAGUUGUAUAUAAGGACGAUCAACGAAAAGUGGUAUCAAUACGAGGUGGAAAAUGAGAGUCACCUACGUGAGAAUAAAUAUCUCGAUCAAUCGACGAGACAGACUUUUGAAUAAAAGUAAAAAAAUUAGUUAACAUUUUUAUUUUUUUCUUUCAAUUUCAACAAACGAUAUGCAAUAAUUCGGUUAUUUUUUAACAGUGAAGUGCAGUACAUCACCGUCUUCGCCGUUAUAUGUUAUGUUAAUACAUGAAAAAUAUAUAUAUAUAUAUAUAUAUAUAUAUAUAUAUAUUUAUAGUUUUUGAGCGGCGCGUUGAAGUUUGAAAUUUCAUAUUAUAUAAAAUGACUAUGCGAAUGAAUAAUUACUUAACGUAGCCGUUAUUCUUAUUUCGGGAUUUAUUGAUGCAAUUCGAAACGAAUUUUGAAAACUUGUUUAUAGAAAUGAAAAGUUAUGUAUAAUAAAGAAAAAAAAGAACGUGUUGCAUAAUAUACGGACACUCUGUAACGAGCAAGAAAAUGUAAAAUUAAAAAUACAUGAUAUCUUCCCGUACGUAUACAUAAAUACAUAUUAAAGUAUAGUUUGCAUGUAUUUUUCACUAUAAGUAUAUAUGUAUACAAAAUUAUCAUAAAUGAAAGUUGUUCGUUGAAAAGUUAUUAUCAUUAUUACGUUAAUAUUAUUAUUGUUGUCGUCAGUAUUCAUCAUUCUAUCAGACGUAUUUGUUUUUACCUGUUUUUUAGUUCUUCCCUCUCAAUUUCGCUGCACACGAUUUUUUAAUCUUAUCAAUAUUAUUGUUGUUAUUAUUAAUCUAACCAUCAUUGCCAACGUUAUCAGUAAAAUGCUAAGGGUAUGUACCUACCUAGUUAAGAAUUACAGGAGGAACGGAAGUAUCUCUAUACGCAUGUACAUUAGACCUGUCCUUGAUAAGAGCGAAAUCGAAUUUCGAUGGUCGCACCCCUCAAAUUGGUUCAAAAUGAUGGAAAUGUAAAAAUUUUAGGGGUACGACCAUCGAAAUUCGAUUCGAUUCUUAUUAAGCACAGGUAUACUAUGAACAUUGAUUAAUAAUAUUCGUUCCACGUAGAACAAAAAUAUUUCGUCUCAAUGACGACGCGGUUUGUGAAGAGAAAAAAAUAUUAAAAACGCAGAAUCCAUAAAAAUCAAAAACAUAAUUUGGAGAAGAAAAAUGUGUAUGAAAAAUAGGAAUUUGCUUCCGUUCCCUUUUACACGCCUGAAUAAAGAAUAAAGAAUUAAAAAAACAAUCCCCAUAUACUACUUGACCGUUUAUACAAUUAUUGCUAUAUAUUUACGUAAUACAUACGAUACAUAUAUUGUUAUUAUUA